CAAGGAAUGAGACGCAGCGUGGUGUGGCUGGCAGUGACGGGCGAAGCGAAGGCGCGAUGGCUCGGCAGGCAGCUCUCGUCGCUUCUCGGUGCCUCGAAUGUGGCGAAAACGGCGGUCAUUUAGACCUGAGUGAAUGCCAGCUGUGUCAGGUCCCCGACGCCGUGUUCCACCUGAUGAGGAACACGCCUCUCACCACCUGUAACCUGUCCGGGAACCUCCUGUCCAAGAUUCCGCCCAAGUUUGCGCUCAAGUUCUGCCUCAUUACAGAACUGAACUUGUCCCACAACAAGAUGUCUAAGCUGCCUGAGGAGCUGGGUGACUGCAUCGAACUUCAGCGUCUGGACUUGAGUCACAAUUCCUUCGUCAACUUGCCAAAUGUGGUCUUCCGGCUGCCGAAGGUGAAGGCAAUUUUCGUCAACAACAACUACAUCAUGGAUCUUGAAGUUGAGGAGGUGCAGAAGGCAAAGACCUUGGAGGAACUGGACGUCCGCGAGAACCCCCUGACGAUAAAGAGUCACGAUGGCCUGGGCAAGAUCACAAAUGUGAGGGUCACCCUUACGCCCAGAGAACUCGAAGAGUGGGAGGAGGACCUUGACGUCUGAACACUCACUACCUCACCGCUGUGUUCAAGGCCUUGGAUCUUUCGUUUGUGAUAGUCUAACUGUAAAAUAUGAGGACUUCCCAACAGCAGCUUUGGGGUGUCUUAGUUUUAUAGAUUCCAACAGUAGAGACUAAGAUUUAAGGUCACAGUAUACUGUGUUUGGGUCUAGUAAUGUUUGCCACAUGACUCCGAGAAUUCUUGUCUUUGCCAAAAGGGGAACAAAGAUUUGGUCUUUUUUGUCGAGUGUUUCGGUGGAAAUUGGGUAAGAAAAAGACAGUGUCAUUCGCUUAAUUACAAAUUAGUAAUUUAGAGAAAUGCAGAAGUCAGUUUAAAGUUUUUAGUAAAUUUUAUACUUUGGAAACACAAAAAUACUAUGUUGGGUCCUGCAGUCAUAGUGGCAGUGGAUGCAAGAAAAAGAUCACAUGCUAGGAAUAUUUACUGUUGACUACAUAGUACUUACUGUAUAUUUUAUGUGACUUGCAAUGUUUGUUUUUUAUAUGUUAUGAAUACAAGUGGAUCUGUCUGUACAUGUCCUUAGAGAAUGGAGCUCAAGCAUAUUACACUUGGUCCAGGUUUUGCAAAAUCUCAAGCGAAAUAUACUUUUUGUAUCGCCGUGGAUAUUGGCAAAUUUUGAUUAAUCAAUUAUCCGUUGUGAAUAUUUGAUGAGCCAUGGAUCAACUGUUGUACUGUUGAGAGCUUAACUUUAUCUUUGAUAUUUUUUAUAAGUAGUGUGUUUUUUAGUGGAACAUUUGCAAUCAUUGCAAUACUUUACAUAUAGUUUACUAUGUCUUUCACAGUAAUUCUAGAGCUAAUACAGUAUCUAGUCAAGAGAGUUUUAGGAUGUAUAUAUUGUACUUUUAUGUUGUAGAGAUACUCACAUGGUGAUGGUUUGCAAAACAGAAUCAUUGUUUUCAUUGACAAGAAAAUAGCUCUUUACCUCAACCUUUAGUCAGAAGCUACCGCAUGUAUCAGAUUUACCAAACCUUAUCUCAAAAAAAUCAUAAUCACAUUGGUUUUAAACUUUUUUUCAGAACAGUUUUAGGUUUAAAACACUUUCGCAUUCCGUGAGAUCUGUAGAAAAUGUUUUUGUGAAUGUAAUUUUUGUACAUUUUGCUAUAUAAUACUAUGACAUAAGGCUAUGUUGUUGGUAAGUUUUAUGAAGAAGCAAUUUUUGAGUGUUGUGUUCUCAUUAACAUGGGUGCUGACCUAAAGGCAAGGAAUAUAGAGUUUUCACUAUUAGCAGCAUUUUUUCCCAAAGGACUCAAACCUGAACUGAUGUCAACCUGAGUAAAGGAUAUAAUUUGUUUAAAGGUAAUUUCGACACUGAUGGUUUUGUCAUUGGAAGCUAGAAUCAGAAAUAUUGUCAGUUAUCUCUUUAUAAAUUUUCUGUUCACCAGAUGUUCUAAUUUCCGCUCAAGGGAAAAUUGACUGCUAGUUUGAUCACUGUAUAAUAUCAUCUUAUUUGCAUUUCAUAUUUUUUUACUUCUCAUUUUUUCUAAGAUAGUGGUAGAAUACUAAGACAUAUCAUUCAAGAAAUGUCUACAAGUCUGUUUUUCUGAUGCAAAACAAACAGAAAAUCAUGUUAAACAUCAGCCUGUUUAGAUCUGCUGUGGCAAUUGUGCUAAAUGAUAAACUUAUAAUGAAAUGCUUUCGAGAGAAGAUAGGUCAGACGUAUUUUUAUAUAUUAAAAAUUGCCCACGCUGUAACAACUAAUAACUGAGCUAUAGUUUCGAUUUUUAUACUGUAUGAAAUAAGUAAAUAUAUAUAUAUAUAUA